AUGUCUGCCAACGGAGUCAACGGUAACGGCAUUGCCAGCCGCAAGCACUACAACGAGGGCAACUUCCUCUUCACCUCCGAGUCCGUCGGUGAGGGUCACCCCGACAAGAUUGCCGAUCAGGUCUCCGAUGCCAUCCUCGACGCCUGCUUGGCUGAGGACCCCCUCUCCAAGGUUGCUUGCGAGACCGCCACCAAGACCGGUAUGAUCAUGGUCUUCGGUGAGAUCACCACCAAGGCCAAGCUCGACUACCAGAAGGUCGUCCGCCAGGCCGUCCAGGACAUCGGCUACGAUGACUCCUCCAAGGGUUUCGACUACAAGACCCUCAACCUGCUCGUCGCCAUUGAGCAGCAGUCUCCCGAUAUCGCCCAGGGUCUCCACUACGAGAAGGCCCUCGAGCAGCUCGGUGCCGGUGACCAGGGUAUCAUGUUCGGAUACGCCACCGACGAGACCCCUGAGCUCUUCCCCCUCACCCUCCUGUUCGCCCACAAGCUCAACGCUGCCAUGUCCGCUGCCCGCCGCGACGGCUCCCUCCCCUGGCUCCGCCCCGACACCAAGACCCAGGUCACCAUUGAGUACAAGCACGACAACGGUGCCGUUGUCCCUAUCCGCGUCGACACCGUCGUCGUCUCUGCCCAGCACUCUGAGGACAUCACCACCGAGAAGCUCCGCGAGGAGAUCAAGGAGAAGAUCAUCAAGAAGGUCAUCCCCGAGAAGUACCUCGACGACAAGACCGUCUACCACAUCCAGCCCUCUGGCCUCUUCAUCAUCGGUGGUCCCCAGGGUGACGCCGGUCUCACCGGUCGCAAGAUCAUUGUCGACACCUACGGUGGCUGGGGUGCCCACGGUGGUGGUGCCUUCUCCGGCAAGGACUUCUCCAAGGUCGACCGUUCCGCCGCCUACGUCGGUCGCUGGAUCGCCAAGUCCCUCGUCGCCGCCGGCCUUGCCCGCCGUGCCCUCGUCCAGCUCUCCUACGCCAUUGGUGUUGCCGAGCCCCUCUCCAUCUACGUCGACACCUACGGCACCUCCGACAAGACCUCCGACGAGCUCGUCCAGAUCAUCCGCAACAACUUUGACCUCCGCCCCGGUGUCAUCGUCCGCGAGCUCUCCCUGGACCGCCCCAUCUACCUCCAGACCGCCAAGAACGGCCACUUCGGUACCAACCAGAGCUUCACCUGGGAGCAGCCCAAGACUCUCAAGUUCUAA